CGCGACCCUCAGCCGACUUCUCCCGGGGACGAGCCGAGCCCAACGGGGAAGCGUGUUAAGCAGGGGCGGGGGGAGGGCGCCGUUCCUGGGACCCCCUUCCCCCACCCCACCCCGAACACGUGUGCAUGGGAACAGGCGCCUUUGUCUGCGGGGGCGGGACGCGUGUGCGCCGCCGGAGCCUCCCUGCCACCAGUCCACCCCCCCUCCCGCCGGGCCCGGUCCGCUCCGCUCCUCCCCGGCAGGAUCUGAGCUCACGGGGGGAGGCGGCGGCGGCCGCUGAAGUCACAUCCCGGCUGGUGCCGCCGCCGCUGCCGGCUUCUCAGCUGCUGCUGCUGCCGCCGCCGCGGCCGACGGGAGGAUGGAGGGGCGGGCGGGCGGGCCGGACGGCGGUCACAUGAAGAGGAGCCCGUGACUGACCCCCGCGCCGCCGCCGCGCUCCAGCCUGUCUGCCGAGGCCAGGUGACUCGGACCCCUUCCUGCCUCCCCGGCCAUGUCCACAGAGAGCUCCCCCUUGCUCAGUUACAGGCUCUUCCAAGUAGCAGGCGAGGUGGCCAUGCCGGGGUCCACUCAGGAAGAGGCCCCCCUGGUUGUGGGGGUCGGGGGCUUGGCCUCAGGGGGCCCCCACCCCGACCCAGCCCGGCAGCUGUCCACCUUCUUCGGGGUUGUGGUGCCGACGGUUCUGUCCAUGUUCAGCAUCGUUGUCUUCAUGCGCAUCGGGUUCGUGGUGGGCCACGCCGGUUUCCUGCAGUCCCUCCUCAUGCUGGUGGUUGCCUACCUCAUCAUCUCGCUGACCGUGCUGUCCGUCUGUGCCAUCUCCACCAAUGGAGCGGUCCAAGCAGGCGGGGCUUACUUCAUGAUCAGCCGGACUCUGGGCCCCGAAUUUGGCGGGAGCAUCGGGCUCAUGUUCUUCCUGGCCAACGUCUGUGCUUGCGGCGUCUACGUUCUCGGCCUGGUGGAAGCCAUUCUAGAUGUCUUUGGAGCGAAUGGGACUGAGGUCCCCGGCACAAAGACCCUUCCUCAGGGCUACCUGUACAGCUUCCUCUACGGCUCCCUCGUCCUCCUUCUGUGCCUCGUGGUGUGUCUCGUGGGGGCCCAGAUCUACUCCAAAGCCGCCUUCUUCAUCUUCCUGGUGGUCAACAUCGUCCUCAUCACCAUCUUCGCCAGCUUUUUUGCCGUCUCCCCCCGCGAGGUGGUUGUUUCCCGGGACGGCAACCAGAGCUUCAACGCGUUCUUCACGGGGUUCAACAUCUCCACCUUGAGGGACAACAUGUACGCCAUGUACUCCCGCGAUUAUACCACCAACAACAUGAUGUCCUUUGCCACUGUCUUCGCGGUGAUGUUCAACGGCUGCACGGGCAUCAUGGCUGGCUCCAACAUGUCAGGGGAGCUCAAAAACGCCAGCAGUUCCAUCCCAAAGGGAACCAUCGUUGCUGUGGUCUACACCUUCGUGAUCUACUUCCUCCUCUUCUUCAUGACCAGCUUCACCUGUGACCGGACGCUGCUGAAGGGCGACUACGGCUUCUUCCGGUCCAUCAACAUCUGGCCGCCCUUUGUGCUGAUCGGCAUCUACGCAGCCUCGCUCUCAGCCUCCAUGAGCAACCUCAUCGGCGCUUCGCGCAUCCUUCACGCCUUAGCCAAGGACGACCUGUUUGGGAUGGUUCUGGCUCCGGCAAAGAGAGUUUCCAACGGGGGCAACCCCUGGGUGGCCGUCCUCUACACCUGGGCCCUGGUGCAGCUGGUGCUGCUGGUCGGAAAGUUCAACACCAUUGCUGGCAUCGUCACCGUCUUCUACCUCGUGGCCUACGCCGCUGUGGACUUGGCCUGCCUGGCUCUUGAGUGGGCGUCUGCUCCCAAUUUCCGGCCCACCUUCCAGGUCUUCUCGUGGCACACGUGUCUCCUGGGAAUCGCCUCCUGUCUGGUGAUGAUGUUCCUCAUCAGCCCGGCCGGGGCCUCGGGCAGCCUGGGCCUCAUGCUGCUCCUCCUGGGCUUCAUUCACCUCCGGUCGGCCGCCUCCUCCUGGGGCUACAUCAGCCAGGCCCUCAUUUUCCACCAGGUCCGGAAGUAUUUGCUUCUCCUCGACAUCCGGAAGGAUCACGUCAAGUUCUGGCGGCCGCAGAUCCUCCUGAUGGUGGCCAAUCCCCGGGGCGGAUCCCAGCUCAUCCGGUUCAUCAACCACCUCAAGAAAGGGGGUCUCUUCGUGCUGGGCCACGUGGAAAUUGGCGACCUGGACACGAUGCCCUCUGACCCCAUCCAAGCCCACUACAACUUCUGGCUGAGCCUGGUGGAUAAGCUGAACGUGAAAGCGUUUGUGGACCUGACCUUGUCUCCUUCGGUUCGUCAGGGAACGCAGCAUCUGCUUCGGAUCACUGGCUUAGGAGGGAUGAAGCCCAACACGUUGGUCCUUGGUUUCUAUGACAACUGUGUCCCUGAGGACUACUUCCUGCAGGACCCAGCCUUUAGCCAAGCCCGGGAAAAUGACGAGUUCGGCGUGGAUCUGGCCGCUCUACAAGCUCACUUCUUGCCCGUGAGAGAAGGGGGCGGCCGGAGGGCCUUGAGUCCAGCAGAAUACGUCGCCGUCAUCUCCGACGCUGUCAAGAUGCACAAAAACGUGUGCCUGGCCCGCUACUUCCACCUUCUGGAGAAGGAUCUGCCCUCCUCGUCUUCGAAGAGGCGCUCAGAAGCCUACUACAUCGACGUCUGGCCCCUCAACCUCUUGCGCCCGGACACACCCACCUACGUGGACAUCUGCAGCCUGUUCCUACUCCAGAUGGCCUGCAUCCUGACCAUGGUCAGCUCUUGGAAGGCCGCCCGGCUCCGUAUCUUCCUCUGCGUGGAGUCCGGGGACGUGGGCUGGGUCAGCAAGGAGGAGAAGUUGAAGGAGCUGCUGACCAAGCUGAGGAUCAAAGCGACCAUCAAGAUUGUCACCUGGGACCAAGUGGUGGCCCUUCAAGGUCACCAGCCGGCAGACGGACAGAUUCAGGAUCACGAGCAACCAACUUCUGGGACAGAUCAGCUGCCUCAGUGUCCCCCUGGGAAAGAGGCGAAGGAGGACUUCCUGAACACGGCCACCUUCCACGUGACAGACGAGUACUUGGCCUCUGUCAACAGCCUGCUGCUCAGGCAAGGGGGCCGGACGGCCGUGCGGUUCCUGUACCUCCCCCGCCCUCCGGCAGACACCUCUCAGUAUGAGUGCUACUUGGAACAGCUGGAGAUCUUGACCACAGACCUGGGGCCAACACUACUCAUCCACGGGCUGACACCGGUCACCUGCACUGAGCUUUGAGGGGCGGCAGGUUGGGACUGGAGGGUGGAUAAGGUGCCUUUGGGUGGGUGGGUGGCAGGCAGAGGUGCCGCUGGGGAACGGAGUGAAUGAGGAGUGGGAGUCUGUUCAAGGGGAAAGGUUUGCGGGGGGCAGCUGGGAGAUCCAGGCUGCCUCCUUCUUGUCAGGGAUCUUCCCCACAGUUUGGGAAGGCUCUUUGUGGCUGCCACGUGUGGCAGAAGACUUGGGCGUUCCACACUGAUUGAGCUACGGUGUUGUUCCUCACGUUUUGGGAUGGGCGCUGCUGCACAACUCUCUUUGCACCAGGAUUUGUCCCAUGGAGCUGUUGGGCGCUGGAACCCUCGGGCCCACUGACUUUUUUCCUCCAGGACCCGAGGGCAAAGGGGGGCGGGCGGUGGGGACCCCAGCAAGAGUCAGUGAGCCAUGCCCUCCUCCCCUUCACUGCAGCUCCAGCCUCUCAACUGUUAAGGAUCAAAUUGCAGGGGGGAUUCCUUCAGGGGGGAUUCUUGCUGCCUUGCUUCCAAGACCUCCACACCAAAGCUGUCUCAACCCACCUCCCCAAAAGUCCUUUUGUCAUUUUGAAUAGGGGGAGGGGUUUCACUGAAAGACAGUGGCUGAGACAGCACAGAACCUCCAGGAGGAGGCUUGGCUAUGCUUCUCCGUGCAUCCUACAUGGGGCCGUGAUCCCUCUAAGCUGAGCCGUCCUGAAAAAUACCUUCCCUGACCAGGAAUUCUGUUGUUGCCAGACUCUGGCUGCCUCAUUCCUUCCCCUGCCCGCCCCCCUUAGUUUUCUGCACAUAUUUUUAGGCUCUUUCCUUAGAGAAGUGUGUCUGUGUGUGAGAGAGGAGGGUGCCUUGACAGCAUUCCCCAGGGAGCCUGGGCCUCUCUUGCCCCCUCACCUAUUGACUCUACUAACCAUAAUUGCAAAUAAUUGGGGGGGGGAAGGGGGGGCUGUUCCCUAACUCAGCAGGGGACUGUUGCUCUUCCUGCAAUAACCAAACACACCACUUCCUAACCUGCUUCACUGCACGCCUCGGCCUUCCCAGGUGCUUCUACUAAUCUCACGGGGUGACUUACAUUUUAGCUAAGGUGCCUCUAUUGCGUGGGUGACCACUAAGGGGUGGGGGGGGGGGGGACCAGCCACUAGCUAUAACUGGAGCCGCUUUGGGGUUUAACCAGGGGCUUUGGGAAUUAACAUAAAUGGUGGGGAGAUAUA